AUGGGCCUCAACAAACGUCCCGCUCUCGCCAAGUUCACGGUGGAGCUGGUGCUGCUCUGGCAGUUCGGCGGCACUGUGCUGGACGGCGACAUGGUGGCGAUCCGAGGGUCCGUGUACCGUGCAAACGACACCGCUGUCGAGUACGGCGACUUGACAGUCAGCUCGCCGGCCACCUGUCACCCUUUCGUGUACGACGCCAUGGUGUGCACCAAGAGCUACGCUCUGCUUUACAGACCGUUCAUGGCUGACACCAGCCUCAAGAUCUUCGAAAAGGCGGUGGAAUGGUCGGGGCGCGGCGCCGGUGACGUCCGGCGUGUGGACGACAGUGUGGUGUGCCGGGACGGCGUGGUCGGCGCCCAAUGCUAUUACGUACAACGAGCCGACGUCGACUUCAUACACCGCUUCUGCCCAACAGUCUAA